AUGGCCCUGUCACUACAGAGCUUGGGGUUCUCCCUCCUGAUCAUCCUGGCCAUCUCCGGUCAGGCUCAUGCUUUCGGUGCCGGCAACAUCGCCUCCCUCUCCAAGAUUGAGGGGCAGAACUGGCGUCACGGAGACAUUGAGGAUGCCCUGUUGGGUCUUUUCCUGGCCCGUGUCGCUGGUGGACGCAAGUUCAGCAAGCUUGAUGUCAAGCGUGUUUAUUUCGGUAACUGGCUGCGCGAUUACAGUCAGGCUGUCGAUGUGGGCACCGUCAAGCACGUCAGUGCUGAGGCCAUUCGCAUUCUCAUUUGGGUCCUGGGUUUCAUGAGCUUUGGCUAUGGCACUCGCGAGUUCGAGGUCACCACCGAGCGUUUGGGAUGCUACCAGCCCACCGAGCACAUCGAUAACCCAUUGGGCUAUGCUGAGGGUGAUGAUGCCCGUCGCUAUGACCGUCGUCUUCGUGGACCUGUCGAUGAAGAGCGUGAGCUGUCCAUUGAUACCCGCACUGGCCUGAAGAACUACAUCGCAUCCGAAGACCUCGGCAUUGAUACCUCGGCCGCUCUCAUCCGCCGUGUGCUGGGUCGCUCCAUCCAACUCGGCCGUCGCUACGCCCGCUCUCGCAAUGACGAUGACCUGCACGAGGCUCUGCGUCUGCUCGGAACUGGUCUGCACUGUCUGGAAGACUACGCGGCCCACUCCAACUACACCGAACUCAGUCUGAUCGAGCUCGGCGAGCGGGGUGUCUUCCCUCAUGUUGGCCGCAACACCAAGGUUCAGAUUCGUGGAGCCCGCGAUGAGGUCUAUCCCAUUGUGACUGGCACUUUCGGUGGAGUCGACUUCUUCCACUCGGUGCUGGGAGAAUUCUCCGACAAGACCAAGCAGUCUGAGCUCCAGUCCCUAGAGGGCGUGAUCUCGGAGUCUCAAACCGAGGGCCCCUCGAAGAGCAUGCUACAGGAUCUACUCAGCAAGAUCCCAAGUGGGCUGAUUGGCAGUGGUGACCAGGCAGGCAAGAUGGACGACUUCCAGUCCAAGGCAGACAAUGCCCGUCAUGACGGCCAGAACGUCAGCCCCCGCCAGCCCGAGGAGUGGGCCAGCUACAUAAACAACGUUCAGAAGCAGAUCUACCCCGUCCUCGAGUGGCACGAUGACCUGCUCAAGAGCAUUAACGAGGCCAUUGAAAAGAUUCCCGUGCUCCCCGAGCUGAUCGAGCAGGUUCAAGAUGAGAUCACCGUCUUUGUCUUCUCCGUGAUCGCUCCUUACAUCCUGCCCAUCAUCAAGCAAGCCAAGUCGGAGCUGGAGACGGGCUCUUCGGAAGUCAUUCAGACUAGCCGAAACCAGCAGCACGUUGUGUUCAAUGACGACAACUCCUCGAACCCCACCCACUCGAUGCUCUCCAAGGACCACUUCUCCAACCUCCUCAACGAGCCCGCGGGACGAAUUGCCUCGGAGGUGGUCAAGUGGACCGUGCCCCAGCUGAUGCAAUGCUGGGACGACGAGAACAUUGACAUUGACCGGACUCUCAACCGAAUCAUCUCUGGAGUGUUCCACCAUCCUGCCCUGCACAGAUACGGCGAUGACGGUGCGGCCGAUAUUCGUGGAAUCAUGUUCUCCACUGUCGAGCAGUGGUGGAAGAGCAAGGGCGAACGGGAGCGUGAGGAACUUCGUGACCAGCUCAGCCGCGAAGGUGUUCGAGCGGGCCGAAACCACAAGGAGGGUGUUGAGGAUUGCGGUCACGGAUGUGGCAAGCCCCUCGCUCUGCCAAAGAAGUAUGGCAAGUCUAGUGGUGGUGGCAGCAGCAGUGGAGGCUACCAGCAACCUAGCGAUCACCCACUGGGCAAGAUCGCCGCCGAGGCCGUUGGAGGAGGAGCCCUCGGCGGGCUAGUUGGUGGUCUCGUAGGCAGCAUUGGAUCUAUUGCCCUUGAAGAUGGUGGUGGCUCUGGAGGCCGAAGCAGCCCCAAGCCCCAGCGAUAUGAGAACCGCCAUGACGAUGACGAUGAUGAGCGAGAGAACCGUCGGCGUCAUAAUGAACGUCGCGAAGACCGCCAUGAACGUCGCGAAGACCGCCAUGAACGUCGCGAAGAUCGCCACGAACGUCGUGACGAGCCAGAGACCCAGUCCUAUGGCUACGAGGCACCCUCUCGUCAGUCGGGAUACGAGUAUCAGAAUGAGUCGGCAUACAAUGAGCGUCCAGCCCCUCCUCGCAACGACUACGGCCGGGAUGACCGCAACGACUUCAGUCGUAACGACUAUCCCCAGCAGGGAUACGGCAGCUCGAACACCUACGGCGAGCGUCCUCCUCCCCCUCGCAAUGACUAUGGUCGUGACGAAUAUCGCAACGAUUCCCCGCCCAACCCACCCCCCGUGCAAAGCUACCGGCGCGAGGAGUACCGGGAAUCCCGACAGGACAACGGAGGUUACCACCAGCAGGAGAGUCGCCAGACCUACGACUCUGGACGAACCGAGUACGAGCGGACUGAAACCCGCUACGGCUACGGAGCUCCCCAGUCUUCCUACGAGACUGUGCAUCAGAGCGGCUACGGCGAUGGACGUGUUGAACGGGAGUACUCGUCCGGAUACGGUGCACCACCACCACCGCGCGGAGGGCACGAAGAAGGCUUUGAGCGGCCGAGCUACCAGUCGCGAGAGGAGAGCUACGGUCAGGGUCAGGGCUAUGGUGGCGGCAAUGUGGACGUUGUCGAGCGCCAACCUCACCAUGAGCGACGGGACUCUGGGUCGGGCAGUGGUAGCGAGGACGAACGGCGUCGUCGCCGACACCAUCACCACCGCCGCCGCUCGGGUUCGGGAUCGGAGUAG